GUUGCCAUACCGCACUGGGCAGAAACAGCUAGCAGUUAUCUAGCUGGCUAACAUUAGCCAGUCAGUAUCCAGCCAGCAGUCACGGCGCAGACUAACUCGUGCUCCGUCCACAUACCAAUGACAGGGAAACUAAACUCACAGACAUGCGCCUGGAUAUCGACUGUUGAUAUUUGGCUGGCUGCUUUCUCCUUUCUUUAUCGCCAACACUCUCUGAAGCUAUCUCCGACCCGAGGAGCGCACUAACUUAACUCUCGGCUAUGGAUCCAGACCGACAGAAACGAAGAGAAGAGAUCCAGAAAGCAAUGAGCUUCAUCCAGUCAUCGUUGCCUUUCCCAGAGCCAGAGAGCUAUGAGGCAUUUCUGACCCAGUUGGUGUGCAACUUGCUAGACGAGGGCAAUUCUUGCUUCCGAGACGGGGAUUGGCGUCAGGCGAACCAGCAGUACGGGGAGGGGAUCAGUGUCGCCCGCUACGCUCAGGCUGAGGCCCUCGUCAUCCCGCACGAGCUGCUGGAGAGCCUCUAUGUCAACAGGGCUGCUGCUUCUUACCAGACGAGGGAGUAUGAUCGUGGCGUUCAGGACUGUGACAGCGCACUGUGCGUGUCAGAAGGCAGUCGCAGGGCUUUAUACCGCAAAGCACUCUGUCUGAGGGAGAUGGGACGACUCAGAGAGGCCUACGAGUGUGGGACCAAAUGUCUACUCACAGCACCACAUGACAGGCAGGUGAGUGACCUGGCCCAGGAUCUGGCCAAUAAACUGGGCCUGAAGGUCCGCAAAGCUUACGUCAGCCCACAGACAGAGUCCACAGCCACAGAUGGGGAGAGUCAUGGGGAGACUUCCCCACCCACAGGAGAGAUGUCCUCAAAUGGGCUGGAGUCUCUGGGUGACAUCGGACCAGGAGACUUGUCUAGUGCACAGUGCAUACCCGCUCCUUUGGCCACACCGAUCCCAGUCAGUGAUGACCCGGCGACCCCCGUGGUGACUCCAUGCACUGACCUGUCAGAGAGCCCGAGCAGCCAGGCCCUGCCUCCCAUGCCAUACUCCGUCCCCGUGUCGGAACAGAUGGAGGAAUGCAGCAGCAGUGUUAUCAAGGACGAGCUCAACAGCCUGCUGGAGUGCAUGCCUAAGAAGGUCAGUGAGAAUCCUGUCCAGGGUGCUAUCCCCACCAACCUCCCCAACACGGCAGUGGGUCUCCGGCCUCCGUACUCCCCGAGCCUCCCAGCCCCGUCGCCCCAGCUUCCCCCUGCCUUCUUCAGCUCCUCCAUCAGUGACAUGCCCCCUUUGGAGUCUUACUCGUCGCUGGGCCAGCGGGACCAGGGCUCCACCCAGGCGCAGGACGCACUGGGAGGCUUCCCUACGGAUGGAGAAGGGAAGGCAGGAGUCGCCGCUGGCGGGCUGGACUCAUUGUCGGAGUAUACUCUCCCCGGGGGACGAGUCUGUCACAGCUUCAUCCCUGGAAUGCGCAACCACAAUGCUGCACACGCAAAUGGUCCAGCAGGAACAAACCUGUCUCUACUCUCCAGGAAUCCUCUGGCAGCCACACAUGAGUUUCGGCAGGCCUGUCAUGCCUGUUACAGCCGAAUAGGUCCACGGGUGAUGGACUACAAGUAUCAGCCAGAGGCAGCACACCGCUGCAAGAGGGACGUCCUGCUGUGCCGCCUCAAAAACACAGAUGACCCCACGUGGAAGAGGAUCCGGCCACGGCCGGCACGUAACAACUUCCUGGGGGCCUUUGUACUCUGCAAAGAGGUGCAAGAGCGUCAGGAGUGCCAGUACGGGGAGAACUGUACAUUUGCUUACUGCCAGGAGGAAAUUGAUGUGUGGACCCAGGAGAGGAAGGGCGCACUGAGCCGAGAGCUGCUGUUCGAUCCCCUGGGCAGCACAGAGAGACGGGCGCUCAGCGUUACCAGGCUGCUGCAGCUCCACAUGGGCAUGUUUAUGUUCCUCUGUGAGGAAUGUUUUGACAGUAAGCCUCGCAUCAUCAGCAAGCGCAGUAAAGAAAACUUAGCAGUCUGCUCAAACCUCACAGCUCGACACCCGUUCGACGACAACAAGUGCCUGGUGCACGUGGUGAGGUCAGCCAAUGUACGCUACAGUAAAGUGCGUCCCCUGCACCCUCUCUGCCAGUUUGACGUGUGUCGCCACGAGGUCCGCUACGGCUGCCAGCGUGAGGACAGCUGCUCCUUCGCUCACUCCGUCAUAGAGCUCAAAUGCUGGGUCCUGCAGCAGGACACUGGUAUCACCCAUGAAGAGAUGGUGCAGGAGUCUAAGAGACACUGGCAAAGGCUGGAGCAGAACGCACAGAAGCAGCAGAAGCCAAUCCACAUCCCCCAUCCGAGCAGCAGCAUACCUGUAGGAGUCGUCGGAGGAAUGGGUGGAGGUGGCGGUGGCGGCGGAGGAGUAGGGGGAGAUGGCAUGGGCGGGGGUGGUGUAGGUCCAGUGGGUGGGGUGGGGGUUGGCGGGUUGGGUGCAGUGGCAGGAAGAGGGCGCCCCCUCAACCUGAAAAUGAAGUUUGUGUGCGGCCAGUGCUGGAGAGAAGGACAGGUCAACGAGCCUGACAAGAACCUCAAGUACUGCACUGCCAAAGCACGGCACAGCUGGACGAAGGAGCGCCGGGUCCUGCUGGUUAAAUCGUUUGAAAAGAAGAAGUGGGUUGUCGUUCGGCCCCUGCCCUUCUCCCGCACCUAUCCACAGCAAUAUGACAUGUGCGUGCAUGUGAUGAAGCAGAAGAAGUGCCACUAUAUUGGGAAUUGCUCAUUUGCUCACAGUCUGGAGGAGAGGGACGUCUGGACGUACAUGAAGAACAACAGCUUGAGAGACAUGCAGCAGAUGUAUGAACUGUGGCUGCAGCUCACCAAUCAGAGUAGACGCACAGAUAGCUCCGCUGUGACCCCGCCCCCAGAGGACAAGCAGGUCACCAUAACAGCAGAUUACACUGAAAGCAUGGGAGGCCCACGGUUGUCUGAUGGGGACGAUCUCUGAGUGUCAACAGAGGCAGCUGAUCGCCGCUGAGCUGCAGACAGACAGACCGACCGACAGACAGAGAGAGAGAGAGACAGGCCUGCCAUACCAGCUACAACUGAACAGUCUGUCAUCUUGCCAGUCUGACCUCCUCUAGCAUCUAGCCAGCAGUGUGAGAGCAGAUUGACACGCAACAAAAUGGUUGACCCCAGCCCCAUAUGUACACACACACACACACACACACACACACACUGUCACACACACACACACACAGUCACACAGCACGACACAUGAAUCACAGGCACCGAUUGUAAGUGAACAUACAGGCUUGGCUUUAAGCGUUGCUGCAGUUACACACAGCACCUUUAGGUUCCCCUUCAGCAGAUUAUACUGCAGAAAUUCCACAGACAACUAGUUUUGACUAAAAUAAUCAACAGGUAUUCCCUAGUGCUCUUUGAACUGAAUAUCUCUUUUUUUCUUAUUCUUUUUAUUUUUCAAUCCUCGCAGCACUGACACAAUUGUCAGGUGGGCGCGCUGGUCGCAGCUCUUAAAUUUCGCUUGGUGAUAGUUCAGAAUCGAAUCGAAGCUCGGCACUCGUUCGCUUAAAAAAAGUUUAAAUCUGAACUUUAGAGUGCCAAAAAAAAAAGCUAAGCCCUCAGUGCUGCCGAUGGCUCACGAGACUUCAGAAAUCAUAAAGCGCUGUAAAAAGAGGUUCUCAGUGGACACUCCUCGUUAAACUGCGUAACAACCAAAUCCCGCUUUCUAUCCUCAAUGGGAAAUAUAGAGAGGGUCAAAAUAACUUUCUGGUAAUUAAUGAUUUUGAGCGUGAUUUUUUUUUUUUUUUUUUUUUUUUUCUUUUCUUUUCUCUUCAAGGGGAGUGUACUUCCUUGUUAUAUUGUCUGCCAUAUUGGUAGAACGCUAUGAAUGUAAUGCCUGCAUGGGCCUUUUAAAACUAGGAAAUUAGUCAUUUAAAACGUUGCUGUGGUCGUGGAAUGUAUGCAAGUAUAUUUACAUGCCCAAAAAACAAACUUGUGUAACUCCCCUCCCUUCUUUAUUGAUAUGAAAAAAGGCCCCUUGAUAGCUGGUUAUGGAAUAUAUACAAUUUAGCAAUCCUGCAUGGGAUGAGCACAGACACACGCAAACACACACUCACAUAUGAACCUUGUAGUUGCUGUCAGCCGAUGAUGUCCAGGUGAAUCGAAGCAUGCAUGAAAGUCAGCUCCUCCCUGAACCAGGGGGAGGACGAAACAUCUCAACCGGUCGCCCGUGGCUAAAAUACACAUGGCCAAUGGCUCGAAGCAAUUGUUGCCAAAGCGACCGAGGUGCUAUUCACCAUCACGUACUUUGAGCUGACAGAGAAGUGACAUAGACAAGAUUCCUGGCUAGAGCCGCUCUCAGCAAUAGAUCAGUUCAGACCGCAGAUGGCCAUCGAAAAAAAUGAUGACCCCACUUGGACUGAAGAUCAGUGAAAAUACUGACCAUGAAGAAGACUUCAGUUGUGUAAAAAGAAAAGAUGAGUUUUGUAAUAAUUAAAGGAAAAAGAUGUCCAGAUGAUAGAUGAUAAUUAAGAGUGAAACGCUGGGAUUUAAAUGUCUUAUGAAAGAUUAAAAAAGGAUUAUUAAGAAUGUAUUUUUCUAUAGUUUAAUGUGAGAAUAUUUAAGAUUAUUUGAAAGUAAGGGCAAGUUGCCACUUCUUCAGUUGAACUGGGGUCAUUAUUUCGCUGAACACCAGUCACACCCCCACAGCCUUCAAACGGAAACCUGUAUUCCUCAUGUGCAUCCAAGUAUUAUGUUCCUGAUGGCUAACGGGAGCCCCUAAGAUUAACCCUUUUCAUUUAUGGGAAACCUGCUACGCCCCAUAUUGUGCCUAUAAACAACACAUUAACAUACACACACACACACACACACACACACACAGAGGCAGGAUAUCUGUUGCCAUCUUAUUCUAGCCUUUAAUGUGGACAGAGACACGAUGGAGGUAUGUCUAUAUUCAGAUACAUAUACAUACAUAUUAUACAUAUUUACAAAUAAUGGUAUACUACUAAUAAUAAUUGAUAACUUAGCGGUUAAGCUUAAUAAAUAUGUAACCUGAAAACCUGUAUUGAUUACAUAGAAGAACUUCUUGUUAUUGAGGUAUUGCUAUAUGUAUCGCUGAACUAGAUGACUAUAGUGAUUUUUUUUUUUUUUUUUUUUUUUUUUUUUUUUUUUUUUUUUUAAUGAUUCUUUUAUUUUGUAAUUUUCCUUCUGUGUGGGUUGUUCCAGACGGGGUUUGUAUGGAGGGGACGCAGCAGCGAUUUGAUUUGAGUUUCAGGCUGAAUGUGUUGAUUGAUAACUGAAGGUUGGAUCUUUAUACUGAGAGCAAAGGGGUAGAAAUCGAGUAAGUUACCCAACUUCAGAGGAGUUUGUUUUCUUUGUUCAAAAGUGCGGAAGCUAAACUUGGAUGUGCAGAAUAUAGAAAUGUUCCUGUUCUUCAGAAGAAGCUGCACUUUAUAUUUUAAAGGUCCAGUGUGUAGGAUUUAGUGGCAUCUAACAAUUUAGUUGGUGAUUGUAACUCUCGCCUCAGCCUCAGCCUCCUGCUCCUCCAUAGUAAACACUAUGGUGGCUGUGAAAGGCCCUAUAUACUACUACUGUACGAACAUGGCGGUUCAACAUGGCAGACUCUAGAAGAAGACUCGUUGCGUUUGUAGUCAUGAAAGGUUCAUUCUAAGGUACCAGAAUCAUAAAGAUUCUUAUUUUCAUUUUACACUAAUGAAAACAUCCAUCCAUUAUCUGUGACCGCUUAUCCUCUUAAGGGUCACAGUGGGGCUGGAGCCUAUCCCAGCUGACGGGGGAGAGGUGGGGUACUAAUGAAAUUUACACACUGGACCUUUUUAAGUAUACGUCUCAUUUUCCUGUCUAGAAUGACUGGGAUCAUCAUGGUCAAUUGGAGUAAAAGAAAAAGAAACAUUCUUCCAGUAGAAAAUAUCAUCAAACCACAGCAUAAGUUACACAUUGUUUGUGAUAUUUUUGUGACACCAAAGGCUGCAGUGUCUUAAUUAUCCAGCUUUUAAUAACUGACUUCAUGCCUAACCAGAAUUUAGACUUCUGGGUUAGGCUGAAAAUACAGACCUCAGGUCAGUUUUGCUGGUCACUCAGCAGUGGUUUUGUCGAGCCCUUUGUCUGGAACAGCCCAGGUAUUAGCUUCUUCGAGGGAUCGUAUUACUACUACUCCUAGUAUUAUGAUGAAUAUGAUGACGAUAAUGAUUGCUAUUCUAUUGACUAUUUCUAUUUCUUCUCUAUAUGCUAUUGAUAUAUGUAUGUUAAUUGCAAUGUAUAACUCUCUUUAUAUAUGUAUCCAUGUAUGAAUAUAAUAAUUGACAGUAAAUAUGCGUCUGUGUAUGCAGCAGUGCACAGCUCUGUCUGGGAGGCAGUGGGCAGAAGACGUCCGGGCUCUGAUGUUUCUGUUGAGUUGUUAAUCCUGCAGGUCGUACGGGUCUGUUAUCAGCCACCAGCGGCUGUCUGUAGUAGAAAACAUUUAACACGGUCGGCCUGCUUUAUAUUAAUGUUGUCUGAGCUCUGUUUGACGGCCUUAGGAUUGUUUGACACUGGCCAAAGGGGGAAAAAAAUAUAUAGUUGGUGGUUAAAGUUUACAGUAUAUAUAUACUGUUAUCUGUUUACUCCUGUGCCGUGUUGAUCCUACCAACAGAGCUGGCUGCUCACUGCCUGUGCUGUGCGUUUUUUCUUUAGGUCAAUUCACCAGGCAAAGACAGAUCUGGAAACAAAAGCAUACAUAGUAGCCUAUAUACUCCCGUAUAGCGCCUUAUUCGAUAUACUACACCUAUAAGAUGAUACAUACCCCUAUUGUAUAAUCCUGCUGACUAUAUACAGUAUAUGAUACCUGAUACCUAUUAUAAUACUUAGACACCCUUAUAAGGUAAUUUAGAUAAGAGAUGGUGGAGCUGUUUUUUUUUUUCUGUGGCUGUGGAAGAGUUCGCUGGGGUCAGUAAAGUGUUCCUAUCUUGUUUUUCAGGGUGUUGUUAGAGCGUUGCACGCUCAAAUGCUCUUUAUCAUUCGAUACAGGAUAUUUGCAAAUUAGCUGGGAUGGAGAAUGAACUUCAUGCACUAGCCAGAGAUUGGUUCAAUUCAUUUAAUAGUAAAUAUGUCUGGCUGUGACAAGUGGGCAAAGAAAAAGAAAUCCAUCCCUGAAAAGCAGAGCAUUUGAGUGGAGCCGUCUCUUCCGUUUUGGGGUGAAAGGCCAGCAUUGAUGAUGUAACUGACACACGCAGUAAGAGAAAAACAGUAGAUAGCUGUGCUGCAUGUUCUGUGUGUGUGUUGUUAAAGGCAGGUGAAUCAUGACACAAACUAAAGGACAUUUAGUCGUUCAACCACAUUAACCCGGUUCGCACUUUUGUGUCACUUAGCAGUAUAUUUAAUCAUACUUUACUAAAUACAGCUGAUUGCCAUUCAUUCAGGUCACACAUCACUUUUUUUGUCUUUAUGGUCAGCACUCAUCGAUGCUUUGCACCAAUCAGAGACGACCUUUAAAAUGAUAAUGCAAAGAAGAAAACAAACACUACCUAUGCCAUUAUACAGCCUCUUCUGCAUGAAUGGCAGUGAGUCAACUAGUGUCACUCAAACUACAAUAUUUAGUUAAUUUUAGUUCAUUAGACAUCUGAACGACAUCCCUAUGGAAAUUCUACUGUUAUAUUGUGCAUACAUUGACCUUUGACCCCUUGUUGAGUGUCUUAAGCUCCUCAGGCUGGCUCCAGUACACGACACCUCCCCACACAUACACACACAGACAGACAGGUUCUCAGCUGUGAGACAAAGUUCCUGCUCAGCAAAUACUCAUGUGACACACUGCGCCUUUCUCCCUCCCGCCCCCGAUACAGUUUGUGUCAUUCGAUUCAAAGCAACCAACACACACCUACACAGCCACACAAAAAUCUUAAUUUAUCGGUUUUCAAUCAGUUAGAAAUGAUCGAUUGUUUGAAUUGUUUUUUGGAACAACUCUAAUGAAGCAAACCAGGGUUGUAAGAAGUGGAAAAAACAAGGCCUCUUUUUGUACUGUAUUUUUACAUUUUGGUUGUUUUAUGCUUUGUUUUAUCUUUUUGACUUUGUUUUCUCUUUUCUCCUCCCUGGUUGGAAGUUCAUGAUCACACAAGUGGACCAAAUCUCUUGAAAGCAUUUAAUAAACAGACUGUUUUAGAAAAAAAAAA